UUAUUUCUGCCCUCUGAAUAUUAAUUCCUGAAGCUGGUAGCAAUAUAUCUCCCCAGUGACGGGACCUACUAGAGGCAGGUGGGGGGAGCCACCACCAGAUCAUAAGCAUAAUAAUAAUACAAAGGGGAGGGAUUCUUCUGCAACCGAGAGGCAAGAAGCAGGGGGGGGGGGGGAGCGAUGAGUUCGCCAAAUAUAUGGAGCACAGGAAGCUCAGUCUACUGCACUCCUGUAUUUUCACAGAAAAUGACGGUGUGGAUCCUGCUCCUGCUAACGCUCUACCCCGGCCUUACUAGCCAAAAAUCUGAUGAUGACUAUGAAGAUUAUGCUUCUAACAAAACAUGGGUCUUGACACCAAAAGUUCCUGAGGGUGAUGUCACUAUUAUCUUAAACAAUCUCCUAGAAGGAUAUGAUAAUAAACUCCGACCUGAUAUAGGAGUGAAGCCAACAUUAAUUCACACAGACAUGUAUGUGAAUAGCAUCGGUCCAGUGAAUGCUAUCAAUAUGGAAUAUACAAUUGAUAUAUUUUUUGCUCAAACAUGGUAUGACAGACGUUUGAAAUUCAACAGCACCAUUAAAGUCCUCCGAUUGAAUAGCAACAUGGUGGGGAAAAUCUGGAUUCCAGACACUUUCUUCAGAAACUCAAAAAAGGCUGAUGCACAUUGGAUAACCACCCCCAAUAGGAUGCUGAGAAUUUGGAAUGAUGGUCGAGUACUCUACACCUUAAGGCUGACAAUUGAUGCUGAGUGCCAAUUACAGUUGCACAAUUUUCCAAUGGAUGAACACUCCUGCCCCUUGGAGUUCUCCAGUUAUGGCUAUCCACGGGAAGAAAUUGUCUAUCAAUGGAAGCGUAACUCUGUUGAAGUGGGUGACACAAGAUCUUGGAGGCUUUAUCAAUUUUCAUUUGUUGGACUGAGAAAUACCACAGAUGUAGUGAAGACAACUUCUGGAGAUUAUGUGGUCAUGUGUGUCUACUUUGACCUGAGCAGAAGAAUGGGAUACUUCACCAUCCAGACCUACAUCCCCUGCACACUCAUUGUUGUUCUAUCCUGGGUGUCUUUCUGGAUCAAUAAGGAUGCUGUGCCAGCCAGAACUUCUCUAGGUAUCACAACUGUCCUGACAAUGACAACCCUCAGCACCAUCGCCCGGAAGUCACUGCCCAAGGUCUCCUAUGUCACAGCAAUGGAUCUCUUUGUAUCUGUCUGCUUCAUAUUUGUCUUCUCUGCUUUGGUGGAGUAUGGCACCCUACAUUAUUUUGUCAGCAAUCGGAAACCAAGCAAGGACAAAGACAAAAAGAAGAAAAACCCUCUUCUUCGGAUGUUUUCCUUCAAGGCCCCUACUAUUGAUAUUCGCCCAAGAUCAGCAACCAUUCAAAUGAACAAUGCCACGCACCUUCAAGAGAGAGAUGAAGAAUAUGGGUAUGAGUGUCUGGACGGCAAGGACUGUGCCAGCUUUUUCUGCUGUUUUGAAGAUUGCCGAACAGGAGCUUGGAGACACGGGAGGAUACAUAUCCGUAUUGCCAAAAUGGACUCAUAUGCGCGGAUCUUCUUCCCCACGGCCUUCUGCUUGUUCAACUUGGUUUAUUGGGUCUCCUACCUCUACCUGUAAAGAGGUAGGAGUCUUAUUGUUAUAAGGGUCUUAUUUACUAAAUCUCAUGGAGAGAUGUCCUUUCUAAGUCCACUUAAAUAAUCCUCUGUGCAGUUUAUAAUGAUCUGAAUUUGUUUCUUUGUUCUAACCUGGUAAAUUGUAUUAAUGUCAUACUGUUUGCACCCAACUCGCCUUUGAUAAGUGUAAUUUAAGCUAUAAUGUUUCUGUGUUGCAAACCUGCAGGGCAAGUUGAAAUUAGAGCAAGAACAUUGAAACCAAACAAGAUAUUUCCAGCUACAGAACUGAAAUAGUAAAAGCAAUGAUUAUUUGCAGUGGUGGUGUCCUCAUUCCAUUCAAAAUACAGUUAGAUGCAAAAUAUCCCAAACUGUUCCCUAAGAUCAUCUGGGGUCAAAUUGUAGUAAAUUGAUCCCAACAGAACAUCUCCCUCAUUUGAGACAAAUCACAACUCAUUUUAAAUAUAAGAACCUAGACAAGAAACCUAUUAUACCUCGAUCCCAAGAUAGAAAGAAAAUUUCCUUCACAUCACAUGUACAAUGAUGUAAAUAUUUCAAUAACAUAGAAUGCUUCAAGUUUAAUGCAUGCAUCUCUUUAGAGCCAAAAUAAAUGGACUGAAGUUAACAUCAUAAAGCAUUGUCUUUUACUCUUUGUGUCUUUGGGCUAUAAAAGAAUCAUGAAUGCAAUUAUAAGGAUUUGGGAUUGGAAUUGGAGGGGAAAUUUUUCACUAUCUUUUCCCUCAUGCAUAAAGAUUGAAAUAGCUUAUGCUUCCUCGUAUGACAUAUUAAACACUCUAAGUAAAAUAUAGACUGAAUAUUAGACAUUUUCCACCUCUAAAUAUGCCCAAUUUCAUAGAGUAGAAAGUGAUUGUAUGUGCUUGCUGCUAUUUUUACUUCCUUUUAGGACUAUAGAUCUUAACAGAACUUACUCUGCAUCUCAAGAUCUGCUUGUAGUGAUUGUGAGUGCCUCGGAGACAGUGUCCUUUUCAUGUCCUCUUUGGGUCCUCAGCACCUUGCAUAGUGCCUGGCACACAGCUGGUGCUCAACAAGUAUGGUUUGGAGUGAACUGGCCCCAUAUGAUGCCAGUGCAUCUCCCUGUGCUGGCCUGGAACCAGUGACUCUUCUUUUCAUGUUGGCACUGUCAAGUGAUAUUUGACUUUGUAGAGAAAAACAGAAGGAUCCAAAGAACUAAGGCUAUUUAUAUUCAUUUUCAAAAAUUUAUUUUAGCUAAUGUCUAUAUUCCUUUAAAACAAUACUUACGUCUGCUAUUUGUAUACAAAAAUGACUCUGCUAGGGAAUAAUUAAAAGUUCUAUAUUAUUUCUUCAUGUUUAGGAGUGAGUCAACCUUGACCCAUGACAAUUGUCCUUAAGGACACAUGACAGGUAUUAUCAAUACUCAUACCUGACUAGUAUUUAGAAUAUAGUAUUCUAUGUGUAAAAUAUUUAAUGUACUGAAGAUUAAAUUUAAAAAAAUGAAAUAACAAAUGAAUGACUUACAAGGAGGCUGAGCCUAUGCAAUCAUUCAAGUAGAUUGUAAUCACAUAAAGUGGUUGUCCCAGACUUCAAAACAUCAUGAACAGAGCUCCAUCUUUGUGUAUUCAUUCUGAAUCCUUAUUUUUCUAUGUUAGCAUCCUUUGUCAGUUCUUCUUUUCGGCAAUCAUUGCUCUAAGUCAGAAUUCAAUCAUAGCUCGUAAAGCUUUAUAGAUAACCUAAAAAAGAGUAGAAAAAAGAGACAGUGACUUUGUUAAUAUAAAUCCAUGUAAAGUCAUCAUCAAGUCAUCUGGAUGAAUCUUGAAACACAUUUAGCUGCCAAUUUUACAAACAUUUAAUAUACCAGUGCUCUAGUAUAUAACCUCAAACAUAUGUAAAUAGAAUCUAUUAUUUUCUUGUUUUGGAUUGUUAACAUAUUAAAUAUUGACUCCUUGGGAGAAUUGUUGGCAAAUUUUCAAUGGUGAGACACGUUAUUAAUGUCAACUUGAAAUGUAUUCCAUAAUGGGGAUACUCAGAAAAGCUGGCUUUCCAAUGUGUGCAUAGAAUUGGCAAUAUGAAUAUAUAUUAUACAUACCCUAAAUCUUAAUUAUCAGCUGCUCCCUGUCUCUGUAUUUGAAAACCUUUUCGCAAAGGCAAUUGCCUAAUAUGUGGACUUUUACAAUAAAAAUGCUGCAUUCUCAUCCAUGGUGGCAUCCCAGUGGUCUGGUUGGACGUGUAUAUCUUAAAGAUUGUGACCAUUUCUUCCUGGCUCAUUCCCCAACACUGCCUUCCCUUUCUGUGAGAUUCAUGUGUGAGCAGUGUGAUCAUCUUUUGCAUCAUGAUGCCCCUCACUUCACAAGAAUUAAGAGAUGCAUUUGGGGUAUGGCGUGGAGACAGAAGGUAGAAAGGUCAUGAUGUAAUAAAGCUCAGGCCUUCUGUACCUCAAAACUUGUGGUGUGGUUAAGAAUAUGGACACAAUGUCAGACAUAGUUGGGGUCCCAACCCUACAUCUUUAAAAAUAUAUUUUAUGAAUUUUGCAGAGAGGAAGGGAGAGGAUAGAGAGUUAGAAACAUCCAUGAGAGAGAAACAUCGGCCAGUUGCCUCCUUCACAACCCCUAUUGGCGAUCGAGCCCGCCCGCAACCAAGGUACAUGCCGUUGAUCAGAAUCAAACCUGGGACCCUUCUAUCCAUGAGCUGACACUCUAUCCACUAAGCCAAACCGAUUAGGGCCUAACUCUACAUUUACUAGUUAUUUGACAAUUCUCAAUUUAGCCUUAAUGAGGCUCCGUUUUAUCUGCUAUAAAUUAGGUACAAUAAUGCCAACCAAUGUAGUGUCACUCAACAAAUGGGGCAAAAGUCCCUUCCCUCACUUCUAGUGCCUAUAGUGCUCAGCUAACCAUGCACCCUGUUGGCUCAGCUCUCCUAAAGGAACCCCCCAGCCUUAAUGUGACUCUAUGUCACAAUGUUUGAUCUUUAAAGAGUAUACAUUGCAAACAUUCUUUAAAAUCUAGGUUGAAAAUCUAAGUCUACUGUUGAAAAAAAA